AUGUCGUCUGGGUUCGGGGCGAGAGGCGGGACAGGCCGCUGUUAUGGCUUCUGGACGGACUUUCAUGAGUGCAUGAAGCAGACAGACGACCCCAACACAUGCAUCAAGGCGAGAGAGGCAAUGGAUUACUUUGAAUGCUUGCACCAUUUCAAAGAGAUGGCAAGAAUCAAUGCCAUCACCUUGGAAGCUCGUCGCCAAGAAAAAUUGGCAAAAGAGGUGAUCGUAACGAAUUGUUCUUCUAUGAUCUCACUAUUGCUUCCCAGCAAAAAGCUGAAACAAGUUAGGCUUUGUUUUGGAUGGCUUUGUGAUUUACGAUUACAGACAAAAUCGAACUUGAAUCAAUUUUAUGUGUGCAUUUACUUUGAAACUGAUUGA